AUGGUCACCGAUUUUAUGAUUGAUUUUUUUCGUUCGAUCACCGAUCAUUUUAAAAGACAAAAUACUUUUAUUAUGAAUCAAGAUUACGAAUCUGAAGCGAAUAAAAUUUAUGAUGGAAUGGAUUUUGAAGAAUUAUCACAACUUUAUUUAAAAAGUGAUAGGAUUAAACAUAAAUUAGAAAAAUUGGUUAAGAAAGCCGAUCAGCUUAUUAUCCUCGAUGACCAUAAUGAUGAUAAUGAUCAUAUUGGUCCUCAAAUAGAGGUAAUAACAAAUAAACUUGGUAAUAUAAAAUUUAAUGCUGAUAUUGAAGAAGUAACAACAUUGGAAAGACUUGUGGAAAUUAUGAAAACUUCCGAUAUUGAGAAGAAACAUGUUAAAGCCGUAGGAAGUUUUGAAACGUUCAAUCGUAUCACUGAAACUGAAGGAUUUCUUCUUUAUACCAAAAAUUAUCGUGGAGUGAAUAAAACUGAUUCAAAUUUAUUAAAACAAGAAUUUAAAAGUAAUAAUAUUUAUUAUGAUGUAAAAUGUGGAACUACUCUUAAUGAAAUUAUAUCAGAACUAAAAAAUGAUGAUAGGGCUUUAUUUAAUUUAUCCGGUUUUGAUGGUCAAUCAAUCGUCGGUUGUAAUGCAACAUCUACACAUGGUUCUGGUAUUACUCUUAAACCUUUAGAAUCAUUCGUUGUAUCUGUUAAUCUUGUCGUACCAGGUGGAAAAAUUUAUAGAAUUGAACCAACAGAUGGUGUUACAGAUCCUAAAAUAUUUUUACAACAAUAUCAAGAUAUUAAAUUAAUUCAAGAUGAUAAAACUUUUAACGCAAGUGUAGUAAAUUUAGGUGCUUUAGGUGUUGUAUAUCAAGUAACUAUUAGUACUGUUUCAAAUUAUAAAGUCUUCUCAAUGAGAGAAGAAUCAACUUGGGAAGCUGUUAAACCAAUCCUAUCAGUAAAACCUUAUGAUAAUAAUGAUAUUUUAAGAUAUCGUAAUGCUGAAGUAUGGCUUAGUCCUUAUACAUCUUACGCUCUUAUUACGAGAAGAAAUAUCGCCACAAGUGAUGAUAUAGAAAAUUAUCCUAAAUCACAUUUGAAACAUUGGUUACAAGAUAUUUUAGAUAAUUUAAUUAUUAAAAACCUCGCUAAAAAAUUAAACACUGAUGGUGGUCACAUAUUAUUCAUAUUAUUAAAUUUAUUUCCAAAAACAAUUCCUUCGUUAGUUGAAUUAGCUUUAAAAUCUCAAUAUAAUAAAAUUCCUGUGGUCGAUGAUUAUGAAGAGAUUUAUUCGAUUGGUUUGAUCAGCCAUAUUAAAGCUAUAGAUGUUGAAUUUGCAUUCUCAAUGAAAGAUGAUAAUCAUAUUAAAGCUAUUGAUGCUUUAAGAGAAACAUUACAAGAUAUAAGAGAUAAAUUUAAUUUUAAUAUUAAUGGACCUAUAGUUAUAAGAUUCUCUGCUGCUUCUUCUCAGUAUAUGUCUAUGGCACAUGAUACAAAUGAUGAACCAAGAUGUUUCGUCGAGAUGCCAAUUUUAGUAUAUGAUCCAAGAAUCUAUUAUUAUGCACAUGUUUACAAACCAUUAUUUGGUAUAGCGUUAAAAUAUAAUGCAAGAUUUCAUUGGGGUCAUCAUUUAGAUUCUGAAUUAGAUUAUACAUACCUUCAAAAUUCUUUUGAUAAAAAUGCUAUUGAUUCAUUCAUUAAUCAAAUUAAUAAAUUUGAUCCACAAGGUUUAAUGAGUAAUGAUUUCCUAAAGAAAUUUGGUCUUGUUCCUAAUACUAGUAGUUGGUUUAGUAAAAUAUUGUAA